AUGGGACCAAGUCCAGUUGACAACGAUAUACCGAUGAACAAUUCCGAUGCAGGUCGGCAAAACAGUAGUUCAGAUGAAGAUUAUGAGCGAGAUGGAUGGCAUAUUGGAUACGAAGUGGAAAUGAAUGGAAUUGGUACUUUGAUAGAUAAUGGUUCAAUUGAUAGUAUAGAAACGUCAAGUUUUACGGGAUCGGAUAGCGAUGCGACUGAUGCAGACUCGGACAGUCGUUACGCUGGAUAUGAGGCGCUUCCAACGGCUGCCUCAGAAGUACGACAACACCCCGAUGCGCAACAAUACCUUUCAACAGUCUCAGCUGUACCCAUGUCAGUUCAUCAACAAUUUGAAGAGGCUCUAAGUGAGGCGCCCGAAAUUCACCUGAAGGAUUCAGACAUCCCAUUGGAGCAUCAACCACAACCGAUCGAGCUCGAUGAAGGCACGUGA